GUCGAGGUAUAUAAAGUCUAACGGUAAAUCAGGGAUAGAUGUCACAUCCGAUCGGGCGGCUUAUCGAACAGUACCAGUUCCGACGCAGCUAAACGGUUCCGCCGAGAGCCGCGCCACGCAUUGAGCUGUAGAUUAAGUGUGUGAAACUCGAGAGCCCAAGGUCCGGUUCGGACGUAGACGCGCCCAUUUGUAGCCACUGUGAGGAGGUGUUAAUUCGUCCGCUAAUUGUGCCGUAAUCAGUUGGAAAACCGAACCUGUAUACGUAAUUCGGUAAGCCGUGGCCAAGAGGAUGCUACCAAAUAUGAGGAAGCUAUCGUGUUCGAUGCCAGUACACCUGGCGCUGUUGCUGCUGGUCGGCAGUGCAAAGUGUGAACCACAGGAAGGAUACUUCUAUCCGCGACCGACGCCACAAUGCGUGCCACAAGUCUUCACCGAAACGGUCACGGAUUAUGCGACCGAAACGUUGAACCACUUCUUCACGGACGUCAACACGGUGUAUCUGACCGACUAUUUGACCUCGACCGUGGUGAAUCCCGUGCUUAUCACCUCCACCGAGUACGCCGUAUCGACGGUGUUUGUUCCGCAGCUGGAGUACGUGACGGAAACGAGCACGCUGGUGCUGCAACCGAGCCCCGUCGUUCAGUACGUUACCGAAACCGUCCUGUCGACCGUAUUCGCCCAGGGAGACUUUAGUGGUGGUGCCGCCGUUAACACUUAUCUACCACCGGAACCGGUUCCACUACCGGUUCCCGUUCCGAAUCCGGUCAUCAUCAACAAUGGGCUUCAGGUACAGCAUCCACCACCACCACCGCCGCCACCCUACAUUCCACCACCGCAGGUAUCGUUGCCCCCGGUGCUGGAGCAUCCCGUAACACAUCAACCGUUCCUGGCGCUGGAUGAAAAUUUCCAAGGACAUCGAUUCCUCGGUGCGCCCACCGGUGGGGCGGAUGCGUUUGGAGGCGUUCACUCGCUUCCGAACGUGCAUGCAGUGCCGCCGACGUACAACGAUCACGAGGGCUAUCGCUACAAGCGUAAGCUGGCGGAGGAAACAACGCAAAAAUUGACCACCACAACGGUUUCGUCAAAGUCGGCGUAGAAGUCGACGAACGAGAAGCUGUGUGGUGGAUUGCAUACUGUAAGGCGUGGCUGAUUCGAGCAGAAGUGAUGUUAGCUAAUUUUUUGAUUUAGACAGUUUAAUUUGUUUUGAAUAAAAUACUCAUAGUGAGCCUGAUGGGAUGGUUGAAACU